GGGGCGUGCUAACCUUGUUCCCUGUUACGGUCUGUCUUGGCAUCAGCUCCUGCUGUUGUUUUCCUCGCCCGGCCAACCACCUGCCUCGGUUUUGGCCCGGAAAUGGAGCUCGGCUUGUGGAAGGCUGGGGGGGUGUGCAUCAACAAUCGGAUCCCCAGCCAUCCAGCCAUCAGAACCCCCCGACACCAGCCACAUGAUUCCGAGUUCCUGUCGCUUUGCCGAAGGAUUGAACUUUUUCGAUUCUGGCCGGCGAAGACUGACUGACGAUAACACUUGCACCUGUUUAAUACCCGGCCGACGAAAAGACCCCCACACAGACAGGCACAGACAAAACAUAGGUACACGCCUACACACGCAAACCAGGUACACACGCACGCACGCACGCACCAGGUAGCUACCUCCCUCCUACGCUUCUUCCAUCCUAUUGCCGGCAACGCAAUGAUCGAUUGCUGCGCCGUCAAUGUCGCCGCCCUAUGAGUCGUCCCGCCGUCGCGGGGUAUGGAGCCACUGGGUGCCCCUCGCCGUGACCGUCACGGUUGCGACGGCCGGGGUCGCCGCCUGGAUCUGGAGCCUGCGCAAGGAUGACGACCACGAAGACACCGAGCAGCCCGCCGAUGUUCAAGACCUCGAUUACGACAACGCCGACUACGGCGACAAUCCCGCCUACGGUGCAUCCCGAGACGGCGCCGUCGGCCCCAAGACCCCCACCUUCGGCGGCGCGCAGCCGCAGGCCGAGUCGUCGAGCUCUGGCUGGGCGGCACUGCGCCGGAGUCCUAGCCCUCAGCAAUUCUUCGACAACGCCAGGAGGACGGUUGCUGCCGGCGUGACUGCUGCCGGCGCAGCUGUGGGAAGCGCGCUGGCGGCCAUUAGAGAGGAGGACAAAUCUGCGUACGCCGACCACGAGACUUGGUCGGAGGAGGCAGAUGCCAAGCAGGACAGGGCUGCCGGGCCGUCUCAGAGCAAGGACGUCAACAAGCGCCGGAAAAAGGUUGCCAUCGUCAUUUCGGCCGACAGCCGCUUGGACGAUAUCGAUGCCGACGGGUUCCAUGAGCAUGCUUCCAUCCUGUCCCACAUCCCCCGCCAACUGGACUUCUCCAAGAUCAAGCUUUAUGUGCUCAUCUACGCACCGAACUUGAAGGAUGCCAACCUGGAAGCAACCACCACGCUGCCGCCCCCGUCGCUGAGCUCGUCCUUUUCAAACAUUGAUCAUGCUCAAGCGCAGGCGUCCGAGGAAGCCCGGAGCCCCUUAGUCGGCGCGUCGUCAUCAGACCCUGCGUACAACGCCAUCUACUCGCAGGCGCAGGCACUCGUCGAGAAGGACAGCAUGAUUCUGACCUUCACGUCGCCCAACGGUCACUCGCACAUCCUGCGCCACAUUCAGCCCGAGAUCAUCUACCUCCAGGAGUCGCUCUCGGGUGACAAUGGCAGUGCCGUCACCAACCUCCAGACUUGGCUGCGACAUGACGUGAUCUUGGUUGUGGGCGCCGAGAGCGGCCAUGGCGGGCUCGCGGACAGCGAGUCGGAGGCCGAGAAGCCGGGCAAGGAGAAGGAGGUGUGGUGGCAUAAGGAGGAGCGUGUCGGGAGAGGCCGCGGAGUGGUGGUCGUGGACGGCACGAGGGUCCAGGAUGAUUGGGCACGGAGGGUGCUGGGCAAGGAGUAAGGCAGCCAGCGAUGGCGGAUAUGAUGUGAAGAUUAUGAGUAUGUGUUGGUGAUGAUUGAUUCCCCCACGGUGGUUGGUUUUCCUUGGUUCCAUAUCUUGCUAUAUAGUAUCCGUAGGACAAAGACACCGCCGAGCCCAACCAAGGGGGUUGAGACGGCGUUUCUUUCUAUAUCCAUAUCUUUUUGUAUUGUGGAAUCUGUAAAUACAGACCUGUGGACAUACGUCAUGUCGUCAAGUCGGGCUCAUCGAUUUGUUUACCUGUUCG